GCUCAGUUUAAAAAAAAACCAAACAUUUCACAUAUUCAUAUGCUUGACUUUGUCGUCACCAUUCCAUCGUAUGAAAGUAAAGCAGGGACAUAAGUCACAUAACAUUGACAUCAUAUUCACUGCGUGACAUGAAACUAAAUAUUGUCAUGUGGUCUUGUCAUCAUCUUCGCAGGGCUUAAAGGCUGCAGUCAAGUGAUUCAAGUUUAUGUAAUUUCACUGCUGAGUGAAGAGAAAAUGGGCAUCAUAUUCUAUAAAACUCUUACCUUUUGAAACUACUUUAAGAAGGAACCAACAAUACAAAUCAGUGAGGGACUAAUGCAGUGGUAACUUUAACUUGCUCACUGCCCUAUCGUACAUUAACAGAUUCACACACUCACACAUACACACACGCCCACGUAAGAUAUUUACAGGACCAGUAUGCUGGCCAGGUGCCAUGUUGGCGCCUUUGUCUCUAUGCUAGGCUGAGCAGAUUUCGUAAGGUGACACCUACUUCUUCACAUGACAUGCCAUGCGCAGGAGGUUAUUUAGCAUGUUUGUGGAUAUCGGUGCCGCUCUGUUAACGCCAGUCUGGCAGUGGGCAGUAACACGAGGCCACAAGGAGCUGAUGCAGUGUGUAAAUUAAACCGGUCCUUGGGUUGCUGUCUCUAUACCCCUUUUUUUUCUUCAGUUUUUUUUACCUAGUAACAGCAAAGCUUGUCUUUUUUGCAGUCUUUUUUUUUUUUUGCGUGAGUGAAGAGGCAGUGUCGUUUUGGUUGUGGCUGCAGUCUCAGGCAGUUGGUUGUAAAACAUGCUGACAUCUAACCUCACUACCUACCGGGGCUUUGGAGCCACACCACCCUCUUUAGAUGGAUGGGUUAACAGUCCUGUGAUGGUCAGUGCCAAGACCACUUCAAAUGUGCAAACCAUAAUCCCCCUCUGACAUUAAUAUUUUCAGAUGGAGGCAAAGUGGGGAGCAUGGUGGGGGGUGGCGGGGUAAGCGAGGUCUUUUUGGCUGGCCUUGUUUCAUGCUGGCAGUGGUGAUAGACGCUAAAGCCAUUACUCACAGUGCAGGCAUGUGCAGAAUGUAUUCUUAGCCCCUGUCUUCCUAUCAGUCACUGCAGAAAGGUUGCAGGGUCAAAAUAUAAAGAGGUAACCAGUCUGCAGCGCUGUCUGCACCGACGCUGUUUACCAGGGAGGGGGUGGUAUUUUAAACCUGGGAGAGCUCACAUAUUUACCCCACUGAGCCUGACCAACCUGACAUUCGGUGGGGCGAAGACGCCGGAGACCACUGACGGAGCAGAGAAGAGGCACCGAGGGAGAAGCUCUUGAGUUACGACGUGCCCGGCGAGAUAGAAAAACAAAACAAUUCAGAGAAGCGGAGGAAGAGCAUCAGGACGGAAGGAGACUGAGCCGAACAGAAGGUUGGAGGAUCAAGGCCAGAGAGGGGGAGGCACUUGGGGGAGGCGAGAGGGAGCCAGGCUGAGCUGACUUUUCCCCCCCCGAGGAGGAGUUGCAGUUGCCGGCCAGGGCAGGUCCCCGGGCUGGCAGGGCUGGCCCUACUGCUUCUCCACCUCCAUUCCUUCCUCCUUCUACUCCUCCUUCUCCUCCCUUUUAACAACAAACUAAACUGCUGUGCAGUGAUGAACUUCCGGGCAGAGCCUGUGAGCAACAUCGGAACGCUUAGAAAAUCCUGCCAAAUAAGCUUCUCUGCCUCAAGAGAGGGAAACUCGACAGGUUGAGCCUUCCCUAAGAGGACGUCCUCGACAGUAGACUGUCGCCCUUCUGUCGUCUCAUCCGUUUUUGUUGUUGUUGUUGUUGCACUCACUGGUUGAGUGCACCGAGAGACCGAGGGGGAUCCUUUUUUAGUCCACUUUUCUCUCGGGUUUUUGCUUUGUAAAUCGUGACCAUGGCAGGCUUUUCAGUAGCACGGUGCAAGGACCAGCUCCACUCGCCGAAGAUGAGCCGCUGGCUGAAAUGCACCUCCAUGCACUUUAACACAGACUGGAACAAGUAUGACGAUCGGCUGAUGAAGGCCGUGGAGCGGAGCGAGGUGGACAAGGUGGCCGCCGUGCUCUGCAAGAAGGGCGUCAUCCCCACCAAGCUCGACGUGGAAGGACGCUCGGCGUUUCAUUUGGCUGCAACGCGAGGACACCUAGAGUGUCUCAAUCUCAUCCUGGGACACAGUGUUGAUGUCACUGCGACUGAUGCAACUGGCAAAAAUGCUCUUCAUCAGGCUUCAAGAAAUGGGCAUUCUCUGUGUGUGCAGAAACUCUUGCAGCACAACAGUCCAGUUGGAAAUGUGGACCUACAAGGAAGAACAGCUCUACAUGAUGCUGUCAUGGCCGGCUGCUCCUCAAGCGUGAAACUUCUCUGUGACAGCGGGGCUUCUGUGAAUGCUACUGAUUUUGAUGGCAGGACACCUCUGGUGCUGGCAACCCAGAUGUGUCAUCCACGCAUCUGUCAGCUGCUGCUUGAGCGAGGGGCCGACAUCACCAUCCGGGACAAACAAAACAAGACGGCGCUGAUUCUGGGCUGCGAGUACGGCUGCAAGGACGCAGUGGAGGUGUUGCUGAAGAGCGGCACCGAUGUGAAGGCGGUGGACGGCUUGGGCCACGAUGCCUUUCACUACGCUCGCCUCAGCAAGAACCUGGAGCUUGUUUCCAUGGUCAAAAGUUUCCUCGACAAAGCCACCAGAGACAAAGAAACCGCGAAGAUGGAGCAGUGGAAGCGACAGCAUUCAGUGGAGAGAUCAGAGGCAGCUGAGGUCAACAGAAGGGAUCUGAUCAUACAUGACUUGGAGAGGCAGAACGAGACCCUGCAGGAAAGUCUUAGGAACUACCACCAGGACCAGGGAGCCUUGUUAGAUGAAGUCAACGUGCUGCAGCAACAGCUGACACAGGAAAAGAUCACUGUGGAAGACGCUCAAAAAGAGAAGGAUCAGUUGAAGAUGUUACUGACUUCCAAAGAGAGAGAGGAAGGGCCUCGAGGCCAGGAGACUGUCAAGGUUCAGCUCCGGAGUACUUUGGGGGACUACUCUGGACAGUCUGUUAUCAAAGGUAAAGAAAACAUUUUGGUCAAACAAGCUCACAGCCUGGACUACGAACAUCUCCCGAAACCUGGCAUGUCGCGCUCGCUGUCUCGACCUCCAGAGCAGAGUCAUGCCACUGCGGGCCGGGACGCCUCCGGUGAUCUGGAUGCCCUCCGACGUGAACUCGAGGCGGUCAAGAGAAGACAAGUGGUCGCGGAUGAAGAGGCGACGCGGCUCCUGACGGCCCUGAACCGCAAGAACCGAGAGUGCCAGGAGCUGGUUCUCAGCCGAGACGCCAUCCAGAAACAGGCCGACCAGCAGGUCCAAGAACUGGAGGACGCCCUGGGCGACAUCCAGAAGAGGAUGCUGGAUUCUGAGUGUAAGGUCAAACAGCUGCAGGCCCAUGUCGUCACCGUGAAGGAGCACUUGGGGGGCCAGGCGACGGAAGAGCUGCGAGCUCAGCUCCUGGACGUCAAGGCCAAGUACGAAGGAGCGUCGGCCGAAGUGUGCCGCGUUCGCAACCGCCUCAAACACAGCGAGAAGGCCUUGGAGGAGUACAAGAGCGGCGAGAGCCAGCUGUCGACGGAGGCAGAAAAGCUGAACCAAGCGCUGGGAGCCGUGACCGCCGACCGGGACGAACUGGCGGAGACCCUUCUGGAAAUGGAAACCCGCUUGAAGGAGAGCCGGAUGAAACACGGCAACACGGUGCCGGCGGAGAAGUUCGACAACAUGAAAAACCUGCUGAGCAACGCGGUCGAUGAGAAGGAGCGGCAGAUCGCCGAGCUGAGGGAGGACUACGACCGCACGCUGGAGGAGGUGUCGGAGCUCCACCGGAAGCUGGACGGCCCGCCGUCCAAGGGGGGACCGGGGUCGAUGUUCGCCGAGGAGCAACAGAGGAUACGGGCGGCGCUCGAGGAGCAGAACGCUUCUUUGAGAAAGAAACUGGCCGACGUCACGGCCCGAAGCCAGGGUCUAAUUCAGGAGGUCGAAGAGAGCGAGGAGGAGAGGGAUGUACUGCGAGAGCAGCUGGAGGAGCUCAGCGGCAGGAUCGACGUCGACUACGUUCCCGCGAAGGCGCACGACGACGCCCGGAGGGACAUGGUGACGGCGUUGGAGGAGCUGGAGGACAAACUGUUGGAAGCCAGCGAACGUUGCGGAAAAGCAGAAGGGCGAGUCCGGCAGCUUCAAUCCGAGAGGCCGGCGCUGCAGCAGAACAUCAGCAGCCUGCAGAACGCCGGCGAGAAACACCUGAGCGACAUGGACGCUCUGAGAUCCCAGAAUGCCGAGCUGUCGGAGAAACUCGAAGUGUUGCGGCGGCGAUGCGACGACCGGGACGAGGAGUGCGCGCAGCUGACGGCGCAGAGCCGGACUCUGAAGCAGAGCUUAGCGGGCGAGUAUGUUCCCAGGCGGCAGCACGAGCAAGUGAAGGUGGAGUUGAGCUCCACCUUGGAGAGCGCGAAGGCCGAGAGGUUGAAGUCGGAGACCAAGGGUAAGGAAAGUGGGGAGGAGGUGAGGAAUGUGAAAGAAAGAAAUGAAAAGUUGAAAGCAAAGUUGGAAAAAGUCCAGUUGGAGAUGGAAAGAGACUACGUGAGCGUCAAAGACCACCGAGCCAUCGCGGACGAGUUGAACGCCGCCGUGCUCGAGGCGGAGAGGAGAGCGAGCGAAGUGUCGGGGAAUUACGCGCUGGCUCAGGAGGAAGCGGUCAAGCUUACCCAAGAACUGGAAGCACAGAAGAAAGAACUUGAUACCAUACAGGAGGCCAUCCAGUCCAAGUUCAUCCCUCUGACGGCGGCGAGGGAGAAAGACCACUCCCACAGUGCGCAGGUGGAGGAGCUGACGGUCCAGCUGUUGGAGACGGAAGAGAAGUAUAAGAGAGAAGUGUCUGCGGGGGAGAGCGUCAAACGGGAGAACGACAAGCUCAGAGUCGAGAUGGCGUCCGUUCAACGGAGACUGGACUCGGCGGUCGUCACCGGUGAAAAGCACAAGAAUGUGGAGGAGGAGUUCGAGGGAUUGACUCAGAAGUUGGCGAAGUUGGAGCGGCGGCACGAGGAGGCAACGCUGCAGAGAGCGGAUCUCCAAGAGCAGAACGCCCUCGGCGGCGCCCAGAUCCAGAACCUCCAGGAGCGGCUGAAAUCGGAGUUGACUCGGAUCGCGACGUACGACACAGAGCUCAAGGCGCUCCACGACGCCAUGCAGCGGGCGCAGGCCGACUGCAAGAACGCGGAGGCUCAGCAGGAGGAGGCGCAGAGGGUGUGCGCCCUGCAGAAAGAGGUACAGGAGCGCCGUGGGGAUCGGACGACUCUGCUGCAGCAGCAAGACGAGGCCAGCGGCGCCCUGGAGGCCGAGGUCGCCGGGCUUCGCCUGGCUCUGCGCCAAGAGGAGGCGAACGGCGCCCAGAGGGCCCGAGAUGCGUCGGCGCUGCAGUCGGCGCUGCAGUCGGAGCUCCUGCGGGCCACGCGGGCCCUCGCCGACGCCGAGGGCCGAGAAGACCAAAUGAGCCGGCUGACGACGGAGAAGCGGCGGCUGGAGGAGGAGGCGGCGGCCGGCCUGAGCGACGCGCUCCGGAGCUCAGCGGAGGAGAGCGAAGAGGCCCGGCGGGAGGCGGCGCGGGCGAGGGACGGCGAGAGCAGAGCCCGCGCCGAGAUGGAGGCCGUCCAGGAGGAGGGCCGCGCCGUCGAGAGGGAGGUCGGCCAGCUGAAGGAGAGACACGACAAGUCGCUCAACACCAUCUGUGAUCUUCAAAGGGCGAUUCAGAAGUCGGCGCAGCAGACUGAAACCAAAGACAAGAAGAUCACAGAGUUGCUGACAGAUGUGGAGCGGUUGAAGCAGGCACUGAACGGUCUCUCCCAGCUGGCGUACACGAGCAGCGCGCCCAAUAAGAGACAGACGCUGCUCAUCGACACGCUGCACGGUCAGAUCAAGAGCCUGCAGCAACAGCUGGAUGAUGCUGAGAGGCAGCACAGAGAGGUGGUCUCCAUCUACCGGACUCAUCUUCUCAGUGCCGCACAGGGCCACAUGGACGAGGACGUGCAGGCCGCCUUGCUGCAGAUCAUCCGCAUGAGGCAGGAGUUUGUGUGUUGAAGCUUCGGCGAAACAAAAUGCUGCCUGCUGACUCCAAUCCACCAUGUCCACAUCGCCUCCUCCUGAGCUCACCUGCUGUGGC